AUGUCCUCUUUCAGUGUCUGCUGGCUUCUCUUCCUCCUCCUCCUCCCAAUUUUGACGUUGUAUCCAUCUUGUUGGGCCAGUUCCAACUCCAUCACCCUCUCCCUCACCACCCAAUCCCAUGAUCACCACUCUGAAAACAACAGCCAUUAUCGGCUCAGCCUUAUGGCCCAGGCGUCCAUUCAAAGGGCCCGACACUUAAAAUGUUCCACCUCCGCCAGUACGCCCCUCUUCGCCAAUGAUAACGAAUACUCCACCACCCUCGGAUUCGGAACACCGCAGCAACCCCUGGACUUCAUACUGGACACCGGAAGUAACCUCGUGUGGUUCCCGUGCGACAACUACACGUGCACCGAUUGCGAUGCCACCAACAUCCCCACCUUCAACCCAAAAUUAUCAUCGUCCUCGAGAAACGUCAGCUGCAGCACCCCCCAACUGAAACGGAUCUUUCCCGAUGAUCCACUCUGCACGUCCUGUUGGAACCACCCGACCUCCAACUGCUCCAAACAUAACAUUCCCUACAAAAUCAGGAUAGUCCAGAUUUAUACCUCCUCUCGAAUAGACGAGAAACUGAAAGAAUCGAGAAAAAUGAAGCCUCGAACGAUCGAACUCGUCCUCGACAAUUCGCUUAUUUUUAAUAUUUAUACAUCAACUUCAGGUUCCUCUAAACAAAUGCUCGGAGCUCCGAAACACUCAAUAAAUGGCUCGAAUGGCAUCGUGCCAAUAAGUGUCAAAGUCAACAUUCCGAUCAAAGACCUCGUGCCGAAUGCCAAUGGAUAUGGCGGCACGAUCGUGGAUUCGGGCACCACCUUAACUAUCAUGGAGAAAUCGGUGUUUGAUCCAAUCGCGCAUGAGCUUAACAAGCAAUUAUUGGGAAAGAGGUACACUAGGUCAAAAGAGGAGGAAGCGGCGACUGGAUUGGAGCUCUGUUAUAGUGUUCCUCGCAAGGCUAACAUAUCUGAUUUGCCAGCUUUAACUUUCGUUUUCGCUGGCUCAGCCCAGAUGGUUAUGCCCUUUGAAAAUUCCUUUUUUUACGAUAAGGAGUCGGCUGCGAUUUGCUCAACCAUGAUAUCGUAUGAUGCUGCAGUUGGAGGGAAGACUCUUGGACCUGCGAUGAUCUUUGGUAAUUACAUGCAGCAGAAUUUUCACAUGGAGUUCGACUUGCUCAAUAAUCAGCUUGGUUUCUACCCUACCGAUUGCACGCGUGGUUAA